AUGCAGUAAUCUAUUUUAAGAACUAUACUAACUAGUCAAUAACAAUUGUCUGAUUUGGUAACGUUUUAAAACUGAUAUUUCGUCAUUUUAAAUGAAUGUUUGUAACAACACAUGAGUUGUUCGUCAUUUAUUUAACUGUUUCAAAUAUAUACGACGAUAAUACGAAAGCACUAGCUUAUAGAUCGUGACAAUGAUUGACUUGUUGACAUUGGUUCUAAUCUUUUGUGGACUUGGUCUCUACAUUCUUUGGAACAAAACAGCAAGAAAUGCCAAACUGCCACCGGGACCACCGACAACACCCUUUCUUGGGAACUUAAACAUGGAUCUUGCCAAUUUACUAGAUGCUUUCAGGCAAUACAGACUAAAGUAUGGCGAUGUGUUUAGUUUAAUAUUAGGAUCAAAAACAAUGGUCGUAGUUAAUGGAUUAGAGGCACUCAAAAAUGUUUUCAUAACAAAUGGAGAUGUAACGUCAGACCGUCCUGAUAGCUUUAUUGUGAAAGAUAUUGGUCAUUAUAAAGGCAUUGGAAGUUCGUCUGGUUCCCUAUGGAAAGAACAUAGAACUUUUACAAUAGGAGCGCUACGCGAGUUUGGGUUUGGUAAAAGGAGUCAGGAAUCAAAAAUAAAGGAAGAGAUUGAAGUUUUGAUGAGGGUCAUUGAAGAACAAAAUGGAACACCGUUCAAAAUCAAAGGACUUUUGACUUUAUGUGUUUCUAAUAUAAUGUGUUCAAUAACCUUUGGAAAGCGUUAUGAACUCACUGACAAGUUUUUUAUGUCACUUUUGGAAAAGAUUAAUGAGAACCUGAGCAACGGCAAUGCAUUGUUCUUGGCUACAAUUUUUCCUUUUCUCAGAUAUGUUCCCUGUGAUCCUUUUGGUAUAAAACAUACUCUUCGUAACAUCGAUCACUUGGAAAAACAUAUAACACCUAUCAUAAAUGAACACGAAGAGACCUUUGAUGCAAAUAAUAUACGAGAUUAUAUUGAUAUUUACUUGAAAAGAAUGAAAUCAGAGAAAGGAAAUACAGAAUCUACGUUUGAUUAUGAGCAACUUCUAAAAACAAUAUUAGACUUGUUUACAGCAGGAACUGAAACACCAUCAACUGCUGUGCAGUGGUUUAUAGUUUUGUUAGUAAAUCACCCAGAAGUUCAAAAUUUAAUGCGAAGAGAAAUCAAUGACGUCAUUGGAACAUCUAGAUAUCCAUGCAUGGAGGAAAGGCAAAAACUACCCUAUACGGAUGCAGUUUUACACGAAGUUCUGAGAUUUGGAUGUAUUGGCCCUCUUGCUCUUCCACAUGGUUUAACACAAGAUCUCAAUUACAAAGGAUACGUUAUUCCAAAAGACUCCAUGCUAAUACCUAAUUUACAUUCUGUUUUGUACGAUCCUGAAGUAUUUGAAGAUCCAGAAACGUUUAGACCUACAAGGUUCUUGGAUGCAGAAAGAAAGCUUGUGAAUGUAGACAAAGUUUUAACAUUCAGUCUUGGACGAAGAGUAUGUCUUGGCGAGUCAUUAGCUAGAAUGGAGUUUUUCCUGUUUACCACUUCGCUUGUGCAAAGAUUCAAGCUUCUUCCAUCAGAUCCAAAUAAUUUGCCUUCAUUAAAAGGAAAACUAGGCAUUACGUUGGCUCCAGCAGAAUUCUCAUUCCGUGCUGUUGAAGUAUAAUAACAGAAUAACAGUUAUAGUGUUCCACAAAGGAGAAUUUUUUUUUUCAAAAUGGUCAUGCAGUCUUGUAUGUUGUUUAGUUGAUUCCAAUAAUUUAUAAAAGUGUCGACACUGGACAUAUGUUAAUUUGAAGGUACCCAAAAAAAUAAAGAGCGUUAAAGACAUCUACAGUAGACAGCUGUCGUGCUAUACACUGCUCCGAGUUUAGACAUGUUGUAUACAAGUUUAACAAAGAUUUGAUAUCAACACAAAAGUAUUUACAGGAAAUUGAAAUUUCUUUCAAUAUAAAAAGGGCAUCACAAGGUAACUCAAGCUUUAAGAGGAUAGUUUUUCUCAGUUUUUUUCCACAUGGAGGUAAACCUAGCUAAUGUUUUCAAUGAUGAUAUUGAAAUGAAUAAAAACAGAUAUCGAACGCCCCGUUUAAAGAAAUAAGUGAAACAAUGUGUAUCUCUAUAAAGAAAUAAAUAUAAUAGUUUGUAACAUAUGCGGGGUCCCCAAAAAAUAAGAAUCGAAUUAUCGACAUGGCAGCAAUUAUACAGUGUGUUAUUCAUAUUUAUAUAAUUGUAAGUAAAACAGUGAAUACUUAGUGAGGUAUUUGGAUCGGCAGAAAGUGCCUUAGAAUUGAAAUACUAAAUCAUUACGCAUUCCGUUCUUUAUUUCACAUUGAAUUUACAUUGUUGCGCUUUGAUUUUCUUUUGAUAUGAAAAAUAACUAUGUGUGUCAAUUUUUAAGUUGAGUCCAUGUUCUAGUUACCAAAUGUUUGGCUAUGUGUAGAUAGAGAGGAAGGGAUUAAAUUGCACGAGAAAGCUGAGCUUUCGAGUGCAAUUUAGUUCCUCCUAUCGUGUAUCACACAUAACUAAU